AUGUCGCAGCAUCAUGACUUUGAAGAGGAGCUCCAUGUACUCCCGCCCCCACCCAGCGUCCAUAUUCCCACCGGGGAGAAGCUGACUCGCCUCUGUACCGAAGAAGUGAUGGGCUACUCAAAGCACCUUGCCUAUCCCACACGCGCACCCCAACUCUGGAUAAAGUACGGCUGUUCAGUGCUGCGCAACGAGGUCCCUGCCCAGAUGAUGGCAUACCACGGCCUCCAACAGCUGCAGUCGCCUGUCCGGGUUCCAAAAGUCUAUUACACCUGCCGCUAUAUGCAUGUAUCUUACAUCGUUAUGGAGUACAUCCCCGGCAAGACAAUGGGCCAAUUGUUAAAGGAACACCCCACUCGGAAGCAAGACAUCUGCAACCUGGUUGCCUUUGGUCUCCAGGAGCUCCUGCGCAUCCCUGUGCCUCCAGAUGCUCGCCCGGCCGGAAUUGACGGAGGGGCAAUUCGGCAUCCUCUCUUUGAUGAUAGCACGGCUCCACUGGACUACCAGAAUGUCUCCGAGCUAGACACAUCUAAACGAGGUAACCCGUGGAUCCGCAUUACUAGACAGUCGACGCCGGCCAAAAACCUCGCCUAUGAGCCUAUGGUCUUCUGUUAUGGCGAUAUAUGGCCCGAGAAUUUCAUCCUCGACCUGGACCGACGUCUUGUUACCAUUAUCGACUUCGCCAUCGCCAGCAUCCUCCCAUCUAGCUUCGCGAAGCAUGCCCUCCGGUCAGUGAAGAUUGAUGUGAAUUUGGACGAGUUGGUAAAGGUUCCCACCACCGAUGGGGUUGAUAAUUUUGGGGCGUUGUGUAGUGCUCAAGUCUGUAUGGUCCAGGGAGCGGGCUCGUUCGCGCCAUGUGGUCGACGAAUUCUCGGCAGACCAAAAGUACCGAGUACUAUCCCCCCACCUCUUGAUGGGUGGUAA